UAUUUGACUUCAUCCCACGGCCAAAAUUUAAAAAUGGAAGCCAUUAUUAUCAAUAGGUGUUCUUCUGAUACAUCUUCAUCUUCUUCCGAUUCAUCUUCCGGCUACGAAACCAAGAAUUCCGGCAAGAUAAAAGGUCCAUGGAGUGCUGAAGAAGACAAGAUCCUGACCCGACUUGUUGACCGGUUCGGGGCACGUAACUGGACCCUAAUAAGCAGAUACAUAAAGGGUCGGUCCGGUAAAUCUUGCCGGCUCCGGUGGUGUAAUCAGUUAAGUCCGACCGUUGAACAUCGACCCUUUUCAUCGGAAGAAGAUGAGAUCAUAGUAGCUGCACAUGGAAAAUAUGGUAACAGAUGGGCUACUAUUGCCCGGAUUCUUCCGGGUCGGACUGAUAAUGCGGUUAAAAAUCAUUGGAAUUCGACUUUGAAAAGGAGGGGACAAGAGUCCGGAUUGGUAAUGAGAAGAUGUGAUUUACCCGACUUGAAUGUUGAAGUGGACGGUUGGGAUCAUUCGGAUCCGGAUCCGAUGACGGAUCUGUCUUUGGCGCCGCCGGGUAUGGACGGUGGGAAUCAGGGAGGAGAAGGUUUUCCGGUCGGGUUUUGGGAUUCGAUGAGAGAUGUUGUUGCUAGGGAAGUGAGAGAGUAUAUGACGACGUCGUUUCAGGAAGUUUCUGGAUUUCGUUAAUUUGUGUUUUAAUUUUAUUUUUAGGAGUAAUUAAAUAAUUAAUUAAUUAGUUGUUAUUAUCAAAUGAGUCUAGCCGAAGCAGACAAAAUAACCUGUAUGGUAAUUUGUAAUCAUAAAUAUUAUUAAUUACAACUUCAAGUUAUAAAUGUGGUUGCAUUUACUAUUUCA